CAUCACGCAGGAUUCGCUUUGCCUGUGAAAUUCCUAAUCGGCAUCGGGGUCGAACUCGUUUCCCCUUGAGCUUCAACUUUACAAAAGAUACAUUCUUCAGCGUAUGCUAUAUAUUCAUUUAUCGACAACCUCAGACGUUAAUACGCACCGGGUUGCGCCAGAGAGAAAGAGGAGCUCGCAUCAAGCUCCAUUCAUUUUCGGAGAGCAAAUGGCAGCGUGCGGCAGUCCAUCUCAGCGUCGCGAAUAAUGGCGAGGACCUUGUAGCCCUGCGCUGUGCCGACCGCGUCUCGUGCAGCAUCAGACAGCGUCUUUUGGAGCAGCGCAUUCGAUGGGAAUCUGCGCAACUAAGCCGGUGUCGUCGUCAUCAACCCCAGAUUCGCUGGUCACAGGCGUGGCGCCGCGCCGGAGUCGCGGCGGCGGCGGGGCGACCGACCCUCGUCACCAGCAGCACACCGAUUCGUUUGACCCGCAACAGGACUUUUCCACUGACCCCGACCUGAAUGAUGAUGAUGACGACGCCGGCGGCUGGCGGGCACCCAGCGGCGACUCCGACGAUCUGGCGCCGGUGUCAGCGGCGGCCGCCCUAGGCGAGGACGGCAGCACGGCCGCCGCGGCGGCCUCGCUUAUCAUUUUCACGAAACGGAGGCCGCCGCUGGCCAAACGCUCCGUGCAGAGCAAGUGGUGGAAGUCUUUCAAGUCGGCGGCGGGAUCGGCCGUCGGCGCCGUCAGCGGCCGCUGGGGCGGCGCCGCCAGCAGCAAGUCCCUGUUCGGCGACAGCGGCGGCGGCAGCGGCGGCAGCGGCGGCGCCGGCGGCGGUGGCGGCGCCAGCAGCAAAAAGUGGCUGGGGUGGAGUGGGAAAUGGGGGUGGGGCAAGGGCGCAGAGAGCACGAAAACGACCGGCGGCGUCAGCACUACCAGCCUGCGCAAAGCCACGGUGGCGGCCGGCGGCGGCUAUAGCGUGGGUCGCAGCUCGAGUCGCCGCUUCUUCUCCUUCAGCAACAUCACAGAUGACAGCGACUUGCCGGGCGACUCACCGGACGGGGAGGCGGAGGACAUCGGUGUGGAACCCGAGGGGCUGCCAGCAGCUGCGGGAGAGCAGGAGUGGCAGCACGGAGGUCAGCAAGGCGGGGCAGGAGCGAUGAGUGCGGAGGACGCGGCAGCCGCGAUUGCCGCCAGAGCCGCUGCGCUGACGGGGCCGCCGCGCGCCGUCCCGCCGCCGCCGUCCUCGUCCUCGCGUAGCACCGGCAUGAAGGCUCCAGCACCGGCGGCGGCGGCGGCGGCACAGCAGCAGCAGCAGCGGCGCGACGCCAGCAGCGGCAUGCGCAGUAUCAACGGCAAGCAGGGCAUUGGCUCAGGCGCCGCCGCGGUGGCGGCGCUAGCACGCGACCCCAGUCGCAAGCGCGUUGCCGGCGGCGGCGGCGGCACCAGCCUGGCGGCCCGGGACGCCGCCGGCACCGCCGCCGCCGCGUCGGCGGUGGCAGCGGCGUCUGCCCUACUGGCCGGCGGCAGCGUCGGCAACGCCCGGCGGCGCAGCAGUGUCAAGCUGACAACCAAGACGUUCAAGUACCACCACGCCAGCACCAGCAACAACGGCGGCGGCGGCGGAGCCGCCGCCGCCGGCGUCACCGGCAUCGGCGCAACCAAGAACUUCCGCAGCUUUGGCGCGCUGGUCGGCAGCAGCGCCGCCACGUCCACCGCCGCCAGCAGCGGCGGCGGCAGCGGCAGUGGCGGCGCCGCCGGCUACGCCGCCCCGGGAGGCGCCGCCGCCGGCGGUUUUAACCUGCGCGCCGCCAGUUUGGGCCGCGCCGCCGCGCUGUCCGUCGCCGCCGCCGCGCUAGCAGGCAACAGCAACAGCGGCGCGCCCAUACUUGGGCUGCUGCGCAAGGUGGCAUCGCUCGAGCCGGCGGGCGGCGGCGUCGGGUCCGUCAGCAGCUACAGCAGCAGCAAGCACAACAGCACAGGCGGCGGUGCUGGCAGCUUCGGCGGCGGCAGCGGCGACAGCAUGGCCAGCGGCGGCGUCGGCGGCAGCUACCGGAUAAGCGGCGGCGGCGGUGGGUUGCAACGCGCGAGCGGACCCAUCGGCAGUGGCGGGUUGCAGCGCGCAAGCGGCAACAUCGGCAGCGGCGGCUGCGUGGCCGCGGGCGGCAACUACCGCACCAGCGGCGGAGGGGCGGCGGCGGUGGACGCGCAGGGUGCCUCCGCCGCCGCCUGCUCGCGCCUCAAGGCGGUGUCUUGGCAGCGCAGUGACGCGGUGUGUGUCUACAGCGAGGCCGCCGCCGUCGUCGCCGCCUCCAGUGCGUCCUGCACCACUCCGGCGGCCGAUGGCGGUGGCGGUGACGGUGACGGUGACGGUGACGGGAGGGGCGCGGGUGGCAGUGACGAGGGGCCCGCGUCGUGCCCGCCCUACAUGGCGGGCGUGCUCGAAGCAACGUCAGCACGGCAGCAGCAUGCAGCGGCAGACUCGGCGGGCAAGCAACGGGCCGAUCCUUCCGCCACCCCCGCCGCCGCCGCCGCCGCCGCCGCCGCCGCCGCCGCCGCCGCCGCCGCCGCCGCCACUGAUGAGAGCAUGGGUGCCUCGGGUCCCUUCGCCACGGCCGCGGCAUUGGCUGCUGCCUCGGCAUCUGCAUCCGGAGCCACUGCUGCUUCCGUGACUCCUGUCAACUCCGGAGCCUUGAAUACUGCCGCAGCAGCGACACACGGCUGGCCGCCUUCUACUGCGGCGACGACGACCCGGGUGACGACCGCAGCCAGCGCCGCCGCAGUUGCUACUGCCGCCGCGGCGGCGGCGGCGGCCGCGGCCGCAGGCAGUGGCAGUAGCAGCAGUGGCAAGGGCAUGACGGGCAGCGCCGCCGCCAGCAGCGCCGCCGGCUCUCGCGCGGCAGCUACUAGGGGCUUCAUCGCCUCCCUCACGCCGCUUGAGGCCGUGCCUAGCCCCCAGUACCCGCACCGCCCCCAACACCAGCACCACCACCACCAGCUCCAGCACCACCACACCGCCGCCGCCGCCUGUGACUCGCCUGUGUCUUGUAGUUCCCUAUCGCUGAUGGGCCUGGCCUCACCCAGCGGCAUCAACCUCAUGCCCAGCACGUCAUUCACCGCCGGCGGGCUGCUACUGCCAAUUGACGAGCUACUGCCAAUGGUGGACUCCCUCCACGACCACACGGCUGUAGCUGCGGCCACUGCUACAGCCGAGGCGGCGGCGGCGCUGGCUGCUGCAGCUGCUGCAGCUGCGGCGGCCCAGGCAGCCCCAGCCCCUGUGCAGCAAGCGGAGCACCUGCCACCACCACCAUCACCACCACCAGCAACAUCGCCGUCGCCGUCACCGCCCUCAACUGCCGCGGCACGGGCGCUGUCUCAGCCUCUCACCACUUCCAACAGCGCUCCCUUGUUCCGCCUGCGGAGCCCCGCCGGCACCUCCUCCAUCUACACCGCUGUCGAUGCCGCCACGUCGCCCUUUGGCGCUGCGGCAAUGGCGGCGGCGGCGGCUCCGAUGUCGCCCUCGCCGUCCGGCCGCCUGCUGCUGUCACGCCACUCAGCGGCAGUGGCAGUAGACGGUCGCGUCAGCAGGAGCAGCACCGGGGGGCAUACACCCGCAGGAGGCAGUGGCGACCUCGGCGCACACGGCGCACACGGCAGCGGCGGCAGCGGCGGCGGCGCGCCUCUUGGUCGCACCAUGUCACGGGCGGACAGCAGCGGCGGCGGCGGCGGUGGCGGCGGGCGGCCGCAGCGGCUGCGGUUGGCGCCGGCGGCGGCGGAGGGCGAGGAUGCGGCGGCGGUGGUGGCCGAGGGCCACGGUGGCGACGACGGCAGUGCGCGCCAGCUGCUGUCGCCUCCUGGCUUUGUCCGCGGCUCUGAUUUGGGAGGUCUCCUGACGCCGCCGCCUAACCACAACGACGAAGAAGUGUCGUCGUCAUCAACCCCAGAUUCGCUGGUCACAGGCGUGGCGCCGCGCCGGAGUCGCGGCGGCGGCGGGGCGACCGACCCUCGUCACCAGCAGCACACCGAUUCGUUUGACCCGCAACAGGACUUUUCCACUGACCCCGACCUGAAUGAUGAUGAUGACGACGCCGGCGGCUGGCGGGCACCCAGCGGCGACUCCGACGAUCUGGCGCCGGUGUCAGCGGCGGCCGCCCUAGGCGAGGACGGCAGCACGGCCGCCGCGGCGGCCUCGCUUAUCAUUUUCACGAAACGGAGGCCGCCGCUGGCCAAACGCUCCGUGCAGAGCAAGUGGUGGAAGUCUUUCAAGUCGGCGGCGGUGGCGGCGCCAGCAGCAAAAAAUGACAGCGACUUGCCGGGCGACUCACCGGACGGGGAGGCGGAGGACAUCGGUGUGGAACCCGAGGGGCUGCCAGCAGCUGCGGGAGAGCAGGAGUGGCAGCACGGAGGUCAGCAAGGCGGGGCAGGAGCGAUGAGUGCGGAGGACGCGGCAGCCGCGAUUGCCGCCAGAGCCGCUGCGCUGACGGGGCCGCCGCGCGCCGUCCCGCCGCCGCCGUCCUCGUCCUCGCGUAGCACCGGCAUGAAGGCUCCAGCACCGGCGGCGGCGGCGGCGGCACAGCAGCAGCAGCAGCGGCGCGACGCCAGCAGCGGCAUGCGCAGUAUCAACGGCAAGCAGGGCAUUGGCUCAGGCGCCGCCGCGGUGGCGGCGCUAGCACGCGACCCCAGUCGCAAGCGCGUUGCCGGCGGCGGCGGCGGCACCAGCCUGGCGGCCCGGGACGCCGCCGGCACCGCCGCCGCCGCGUCGGCGGUGGCAGCGGCGUCUGCCCUACUGGCCGGCGGCAGCGUCGGCAACGCCCGGCGGCGCAGCAGUGUCAAGCUGACAACCAAGACGUUCAAGUACCACCACGCCAGCACCAGCAACAACGGCGGCGGCGGCGGAGCCGCCGCCGCCGGCGUCACCGGCAUCGGCGCAACCAAGAACUUCCGCAGCUUUGGCGCGCUGGUCGGCAGCAGCGCCGCCACGUCCACCGCCGCCAGCAGCGGCGGCGGCAGCGGCAGUGGCGGCGCCGCCGGCUACGCCGCCCCGGGAGGCGCCGCCGCCGGCGGUUUUAACCUGCGCGCCGCCAGUUUGGGCCGCGCCGCCGCGCUGUCCGUCGCCGCCGCCGCGCUAGCAGGCAACAGCAACAGCGGCGCGCCCAUACUUGGGCUGCUGCGCAAGGUGGCAUCGCUCGAGCCGGCGGGCGGCGGCGUCGGGUCCGUCAGCAGCUACAGCAGCAGCAAGCACAACAGCACAGGCGGCGGUGCUGGCAGCUUCGGCGGCGGCAGCGGCGACAGCAUGGCCAGCGGCGGCGUCGGCGGCAGCUACCGGAUAAGCGGCGGCGGCGGUGGGUUGCAACGCGCGAGCGGACCCAUCGGCAGUGGCGGGUUGCAGCGCGCAAGCGGCAACAUCGGCAGCGGCGGCUGCGUGGCCGCGGGCGGCAACUACCGCACCAGCGGCGGAGGGGCGGCGGCGGUGGACGCGCAGGGUGCCUCCGCCGCCGCCUGCUCGCGCCUCAAGGCGGUGUCUUGGCAGCGCAGUGACGCGGUGUGUGUCUACAGCGAGGCCGCCGCCGUCGUCGCCGCCUCCAGUGCGUCCUGCACCACUCCGGCGGCCGAUGGCGGUGGCGGUGACGGUGACGGUGACGGUGACGGGAGGGGCGCGGGUGGCAGUGACGAGGGGCCCGCGUCGUGCCCGCCCUACAUGGCGGGCGUGCUCGAAGCAACGUCAGCACGGCAGCAGCAUGCAGCGGCAGACUCGGCGGGCAAGCAACGGGCCGAUCCUUCCGCCACCCCCGCCGCCGCCGCCGCCGCCGCCGCCGCCGCCGCCGCCGCCGCCGCCGCCGCCGCCACUGAUGAGAGCAUGGGUGCCUCGGGUCCCUUCGCCACGGCCGCGGCAUUGGCUGCUGCCUCGGCAUCUGCAUCCGGAGCCACUGCUGCUUCCGUGACUCCUGUCAACUCCGGAGCCUUGAAUACUGCCGCAGCAGCGACACACGGCUGGCCGCCUUCUACUGCGGCGACGACGACCCGGGUGACGACCGCAGCCAGCGCCGCCGCAGUUGCUACUGCCGCCGCGGCGGCGGCGGCGGCCGCGGCCGCAGGCAGUGGCAGUAGCAGCAGUGGCAAGGGCAUGACGGGCAGCGCCGCCGCCAGCAGCGCCGCCGGCUCUCGCGCGGCAGCUACUAGGGGCUUCAUCGCCUCCCUCACGCCGCUUGAGGCCGUGCCUAGCCCCCAGUACCCGCACCGCCCCCAACACCAGCACCACCACCACCAGCUCCAGCACCACCACACCGCCGCCGCCGCCUGUGACUCGCCUGUGUCUUGUAGUUCCCUAUCGCUGAUGGGCCUGGCCUCACCCAGCGGCAUCAACCUCAUGCCCAGCACGUCAUUCACCGCCGGCGGGCUGCUACUGCCAAUUGACGAGCUACUGCCAAUGGUGGACUCCCUCCACGACCACACGGCUGUAGCUGCGGCCACUGCUACAGCCGAGGCGGCGGCGGCGCUGGCUGCUGCAGCUGCUGCAGCUGCGGCGGCCCAGGCAGCCCCAGCCCCUGUGCAGCAAGCGGAGCACCUGCCACCACCACCAUCACCACCACCAGCAACAUCGCCGUCGCCGUCACCGCCCUCAACUGCCGCGGCACGGGCGCUGUCUCAGCCUCUCACCACUUCCAACAGCGCUCCCUUGUUCCGCCUGCGGAGCCCCGCCGGCACCUCCUCCAUCUACACCGCUGUCGAUGCCGCCACGUCGCCCUUUGGCGCUGCGGCAAUGGCGGCGGCGGCGGCUCCGAUGUCGCCCUCGCCGUCCGGCCGCCUGCUGCUGUCACGCCACUCAGCGGCAGUGGCAGUAGACGGUCGCGUCAGCAGGAGCAGCACCGGGGGGCAUACACCCGCAGGAGGCAGUGGCGACCUCGGCGCACACGGCGCACACGGCAGCGGCGGCAGCGGCGGCGGCGCGCCUCUUGGUCGCACCAUGUCACGGGCGGACAGCAGCGGCGGCGGCGGCGGUGGCGGCGGGCGGCCGCAGCGGCUGCGGUUGGCGCCGGCGGCGGCGGAGGGCGAGGAUGCGGCGGCGGUGGUGGCCGAGGGCCACGGUGGCGACGACGGCAGUGCGCGCCAGCUGCUGUCGCCUCCUGGCUUUGUCCGCGGCUCUGAUUUGGGAGGUCUCCUGACGCCGCCGCCUAACCACAACGACGAAGAAGUGAUCGGCGUCUUUGCCGCGUCCGCGUCGCCCUUUGCGUCGCCGUCGUCGCUUGGGCGUGUCGGCUCUGGCGCGGCCGGGCCCGCGCAUGCGCAGCACUCCACAUCACCCAGUCCUCCAUCCAGAAGCGGCGGCGGCGGUGGUGGCGGCGGCGGCGGCGGCUUCGCCGCGCCAAAUGACUCCGCGGCUGCCGAACACCAACCAGCUGUCAUGUCCGCCGCCGCCGCUGCUGCAGCCGCCGCCGCGGCCGCAGCUGCCGCCGCCUCGUACCCGCCGCAGCAGCUGCAGGCUGCCACCUCUGGCCGCCACGUGGGCAACGGCAACAGCAACAGCCGCCUGCGUCGCGUCACUGUCGGAUCGCUGCAUGCGGCCCAUGGGGGCGGCAGCGGCACCACUGCGGGGCCUACUCCGGCGCACGCCGCCACCACCGCUGCCACCACCGCUAGCAGGACAGCUCACGACCAUAACCACAAUGACACGCUGAGUCACGAAUCUGGCGGGCUGAUUCGUGUUGGAAACGGCAUGAUGACUCAUGCGGGCGGAUGUUCGACGGCUGGCGCCUCCGCCGCCGGCGGCACCGGCGGUCACGGCGGUGGGGCUCCCGGUGGCGGUGAUGGGCUGCCCGAUGACCUAGAGGGGGAGCUGGAAGGUCUGUCGCCCUACCCGCACUGCUUCGGCGGGUUCGUGCGCGGCGCAUCCGACGGCGAGGUGUACGGCGAAGUGGGCGGCGGCGCGGUACAAGGUGGCGGCGGCGCCGGCGGCUGGGGCGUGGGCCUAGGGGCCGCCGAUGGCGGCGGCGGCGGCGGCGGCGCGAGGGACUUAGUGCGCGGCGCCUCUGAUGGCAUUGCGUACAGCGGCACUGACAGCCACCACGGCCACCACGGUGGUCAGGGCCACCCGAUGAAUCACGGCCAUCACAUGCUCUCCCACACCGCGGCUACUGCUGCUGCCGUUGCUGCUGCUGCUGCUACUGCGGGCCACAGCGGGGUCUACAGCGGCGGCUUUGUUGGCAGUGCCGCCGACAGCGGCGGCAGCUCCGCCGCCGACGCCACGAUCACGGGCUGGUCGCCGCCGCUGCCGCCUGCGCCGCUGGCUGCAGCGGCGGCUGACUCACCUGCCGGCGCCAUCCACCUCCUGCAGCCGCAGCAGAAGCAGCAGCAGCAGCACGCAAGCCACGGCCAGCACCCACAGCAGCACCCGCAGCACCCGCAGCACCCCCAGCAGUCGCACACGCACGACGGCCAGCACCACCCGCACCAGCAGCACCAGCAGCACCAGCAGCACCCACAGCACCAGCAGCACCAGCUCCGGGCUCAGCUGAUGCGGCACCACCUGCAACAGAUGGCGGUGCAGCUGCCGCGGUCGCUCAACGGCAGCCGCCGCCCCUCAGUGGGCGCGGCAGGCGGCGGCGGAGGCGGCGGAGGCGACGCCAGCGCCGGCCCUGACUCCGCUGACGCGGCUGGUGCGGGCUCCUCGGCGGGCCCCUCCUCUCCGCUGCUGCCGCCGGGGUCGCCCCGCACCCCCACGGCGGCGGCGCCGGCGGGCGCGCUGUCGCCUGUGGGUAGCAGGGGCGCCGGUGGGCUGUGGCGUACGGGUAGCGGCCGCGUGUACCCCACGUCACCUCUGCCGCACUGAUGACCGCAGUAGGCGGCGGUGUGGUGGCGGGUGUCUGACCUUGCGCACUUGGCAAGGCCUGGGGUGAUGAUACUGCCGUACCGCGAAUGCUGCUACCAUCCAUCUGGCUUACUAGCACAUCAGCAGCUGGCUAAGCUGGCUUCGUCAGGUCAAACCCACUGCAAGAAGUGGAGCUGGCGACGGGCGGCGGGCCGGCACCGUGUGACAUCGGCACAGUGCGUGGCAGAAGAAUAAAACCUGGCACCCUUGUGUUGUGGGUGUGGGGAGUCGGUCCAAUUAAGGGGUCACCGAGUCGGCCCACGAUGCAAAGUAUGCAAUAAACGAGACUGAACACGAGAGCGUGUAAAUAGUGACCAGAGAAGCAACAACCCGGUCAUGCAAGCCUAAUACCAGCCAUUGGUAUGUGCCCAUUGUUAUUGCUCGUUACAAUGUCUGUCUGAUUUAUAGUGCAGUCGUUCAUAUUUGCAAUGUAGCAUGUUGCUUGUGCGUCCACUGCGACGGCCGGUGGCAUUGCUUGCACGCUGCACCAUGCGCACGCGGGAACAAGACAAAAGAGCUAUCCCUCUGUCUCAAUGCACGUAUGGAUGGAUGCGGACUGGUUCUCAAUCAAACGGAAGGUUGGAAAAGACUGUCAUUAGUUACGGUUAUUUUUUCGUGUGCCCCGGUUCAGCCACGGGUUCAGCUACCCGUCGCAGCGGCCCGCCGCAUUUGGCGGUGUACGGGCGUCAUGGCUGAGGUAGGCAGCACAUGGCGAAGAAGCAUGGGACAUGAAUUCCAAGACAGUCCAAGACCCGCCGGCCUGCGUGCGUUCGUUGCACAUUGGGGCCUUUGCGACUGCAAUGUGUGCUGACGGACCCCACACACGCCAGCGGGGCCGCCGCACACGCGCGCCUGCAUGCGCCGGUACCGGAUUUACCAGCUUGCUGCUUGGUGAGGUGGUGGUGAGGAGUUUGGUGGGCCUGGAGGCGGGGCGUGUGUGUGCAACCACAACAGUACCGUAUUUCCCUUAAUUCACAGUGAUUGCAGCUUGUAGUUCACUGUAUUACAUACGCCUGUCGCGGUGUUUGCAUGUAUUGUAUGCCAGGGGUUUCUCCGGCUGGGCACGCGGCGGCUGUCCGCUAAAUUGUCGCUGCAACAGGCGAAGUUGAGGCUGGGCGGGUUUUGCGGGACUGAUUCAUUCAUGUUACGGUUGCGACGGCACAGCCACCCCGCUGCAAGCAGGGCGGCGGGUGGCGCCCGCCUCACAUGGCAGCAGCCAGCGCUGACUGGGUGCGUGGUGACAGGCGUGGUGGCAGGGAGGCGGUGAGCGCCGGCUGCCGCUGGGGUAGGUGUGUGGGGCGGCGGGCAGUACGGCAGGUGCCACUACGGUAUGCUGUGGUGGUGGAGGGGCGUGGCACUGUGACGCACGCGCGAGGCAAACAACCGGCAGCUGAAUGGCGCCCGUAGCAUUACACGGGUGUUGCGGCGGCCCGCGGGCCCACCUGUGCAGGCGUGUGCGUGCCUGGACGGGGACGAUGGGCCCCGGGGUUCCGCACGCACUUUAACUGUUUGUGUUGGGUGACUCAGUGAACUUCCUUCCCAUUCCAUCGGGCACUGGAACAACAGCACGGUGAAAGUCUGAAAGAUGACAUCAGCAGGGGGGGUAUUCAGCGCUCUGCCGCCCCGACGCCUCCCGCCUCCUGUACAUCUCAUCCUAUCGAAACCCGACUCGAUUCGUGCCAGGCGUACACGUCAGGCUCGUGUGUCCUCCGGCAGGGUGUUUCAGGCGCCAUCGGCACAUCUGGGCUACGUAGUAAGCUGGGACAAUCAGAGGAGCUGACACUCUUUGCAGGGCCAAACCAUGCCCAGCCAUGCCCAAGUGCCGAGGUACAGGCUGGGACUGCAAAGUGUUAAUAGCAUAAUCGCAACCAGUUUGUAAUGCAUUGACCAU